AUGUCGACCUCUUCCACCAUUCUGCAAAUUCUCUUUCUCUAUGCUGCCCAGUGCCUUAUACCUGCGACUCUCCUAAUCGCAACGCCGAAGAAAUCCAUUCUUCGAUAUUUGUCAAUUCCAUGCUCUACUUUCAUUGUGUAUCGAGCUAUUCCGGUGGCUGCGGCGCUGGGCCCAGGAUUCAUAUGGUGUGAAUGCAGUCGCUUGUUCGUAACCAUCAUCUUCCAAUGCCUAAAUUUGCUACUCAUCAACCCCAAGAAUAGCAAUGAUUUGUGUACUGAGGGUAGCGAGAGCUUUGUGGCUCAAAUCUUUGCCGCAACUCGGUUUUUCACUGACCCUCGUGGGAUCAAUACUCCCUGGCAAAUCAAAAAUGUCCCGCCACAGCCAGCAUAUUAUAAACGACGUGCUAUGAACACGCCUCCUCGAGGUCGCUUUUUGGUUCGCCAGUCAGCCAUCGUUGUUUGGCAAUAUCUAGCUCUGGAUGUCUUGGCUACUCUUGGGUUGCAACGGGCGUUGGAGCAAGAGAAACGUGGAAUGUUGCCGCCAGUGCCUCAAUGGGAUAUGUCAACCGAACAAUGGAUUGAACGCAUCAUCUCAAACAUCAUGGCUGGAUUCGUUGUGAGUCGUAUUCUUAUCGAUUUCCACCAUCGUGCCUUUUCGAUAAUUCUCGUGGGAUUUGGACUGGACUCGCCUGAAAAUUGCCCUCCAUUGUACGGAAGAGCACUGGAUGCCGAUACAGUACGAGGUUUCUGGGGGAAGUUCUGGCACCAAUUGUUACAAAACCCCCUGACCUCUGUCAGCGCCUUCAUCACCCAAGAGCUAUUAGGUCUACAGCCAAGGUCCUUGGUGCAGCGGUAUAUGAAUGUUUUUGUAGUUUUCUUCUGUUCGGGUGGGCUGCAUCUCAUCCUCGAUAUUGUGCAGGGAAUCCCGGCCCAGGAAUCCGGCGCCAUGUUAUUCUUUGUCACGGCCCCUCUAGGUCUCAUAGUCGAAGACUGCAUCAAAGCGCUUUGGAAACAUUUUUCCAAGGCACAUGGACCAGGCCAAAUAACCACUAAACCGCUGUGGCAAAGGGCUCUUGGGUUAGCGUGGUCUAUAGCGUGGCUUGGUGUCACCUCCACUGGGUUCUUCUACCCACAGGUGGUGAGGCCGCAAAAUCAAGCUCUGGUUCCUUUUUCUCUAGCAGGUCAGAUUGGACUGCUCAUUCAGGCCGGGGUGGUUCUUGUUGGUGGUGGUGUGCUAGCAAAGGUGUUUGAGGUUGAGGUGUGA